UUCGACAUGAAACCAAUUGUGUUAGUUGGUAAACGAUUUCGAAAGAACCCAGUGUCCACGCUUUGUGCGUAUACCUUGAUUUCUGCUUGAUAUCUUUUCAGUGGAACAGCUAUUCCUUGUUCCGAGAUUUAUUCGGAGAGUUGAGCUAGUAGUGAACAGAAGGCGUAUAUGGGGAGAGACUUUUAUUCAGUUCUUGGGGUUCCCCGAAAUGCCUCGGAGGAAGACAUCAAGAAGGCAUAUAAACGGCAAGCUCUUCUAUUUCAUCCGGACAAGAAUAAGAGCCCUGGAGCAGAAGAACAGUUCAAAAGAAUAUCUGAGGCUUACUCAGUGCUAACAGAUCCGGACAAACGACGAAUAUUCGAUGCAUAUGGCGAAGAAGGGCUUAAGAACGAAUGUGGCGGGUUUGGUUUCGGUGCAUUCACAGACCCCGUGAACAUUUUCCGCGAUGUCUUUGGCGAUGAUGCUGAUUUACAGUUUUCAGACUUCAUGGAUGGAGGAUUUCACUCCAAUUUCUCACGCUUGUUCUCCACCACACAUAACACAUCAACAUUUGGAGGUUUUAAACAUUUCGGUGAUGAUGAUUUUGACUUCCCUUGCCCUGAUCCAUUUAAGAAACAAACUGUUCAAGAUCCUCCUAUUGAGACCAACAUACAAGUUACUCUAGAAGAACUUGCAACUGGAUGCACAAAACGACUAAAACUGAACAGACAAGUCUUAUCUUCCAGUGGACAGGCUUCUCAGGAAGAAAAAAUUCUGACAAUUGAGGUAAAACCUGGCUGGAAGGCUGGAACAAAAGUAACCUUUGAACGGCAUGGAGAUCAGAAACCAGGUGUAAUUCCAGCAGACAUAAUAUUUGUUAUCGGUGACAAACCCCAUCAGUAUUUUAGGAGAGAUGCUGAAAACAAUCUCCUCUAUACAGCAAAAGUGAACCUGAUUGAUGUCCUUCGUGGAUGUGUGCUUCAGAUUCCAACUAUUAAUGGAAGAGUCCUAGCAGUGCAGCUGAAUGAAGUUAUUCAGCCAGGAACACAAAAAAGAGUUCCAAAUGAAGGCCUCCCUCUUCCAAAAUAUCCGGGAAAAAGAGGCGAUAUGAUAGUGACAUUUGAUGUAGAGAUUCCUACAAAUUUGACGAUGGAACAGAGACAACAUAUUGCCGGUUGUUUUUAGAACAAUAUGUGUACAAGCCGAGAGUAUAUUAAGGAUAGUGUGGAAAAGUACCAACGAUAGAAAGAUUAUUUCCAGUUGGUAGAAUGAUGAAUGUAUUUUUUGUAUAGGUUGUUUAAAUCAUAUAUUUUUCAAAUGAUAUUUUUCUUGCUUAAUUGAUACGCAAAUUAUGGCACAUCUCUAUUCAUAACUGAUCUUCAUGUGACUUAAGUCAUUUUUUUUGGUGUUAAAACAUUACUACAGUUGCUCUCUUUCAUUGUAUAUCCAUUUCCCUUGUAAACUUUUUAUUGUGGCUUUUUCUUAAGCAAAAACAAUCCUCAACUUUUUUGAAAUUCAUACCUAUAUUUUGAGCUCUUUUAUCCAUGUGUUGGUAGCAACUAGAGAGAAAACCACGGAAGUUUUUUAGCGAAUGAGUCAACAUUAUAAAUUAUAACAGUUAUAUUGUUGUUUUGACAAAAAAAAUGCCUUUGUUUGUCAGAAUGCAGCUUCAUAUAAUGUAUGUGAGGCUAAUAAGAAGUUGACAAAGCAGGUUUAGCUAGCUGCACUUUGAUUUAUUGGGUAACAAAGCAUUGGCUUGAACUGUAUAGAGUUAAUAUAUGCAUAAUAUUUAUCUUAUGGACCUACGAUUGUAGAAAAAGUAAAAUAUUUAGGGGAUAGGGUGUAUUGUUGUAUAAAAUAUGUUAUUCUUUUUGCAUUGUGGAUUGCUGGGUGUUAAAAUUAGCUUAGAUUUUGUGUAACAUAAAGUGUUAAAAUUGGCGAUUUUUAAAUCAAUAGCACAUUCACAGUUCCAAUAGUAAAUAUUAGGAAUGUCAGUGAGCAAAAUAUUUGUUGAUAAAUCAACAAAGUCCAGCAUGUUAUGGUUGGUAGAUUUUCGUGACAGAAUGCUGUAUUAUAAAAUUUUAAAAUGAGAUUGUUUUGUAGGUUUUAUUGAAAUUUUUAUUAGAUUGGGUGUGAUUGUGUUGUUGUCAUAAGUGGCUUUUUGUUUGCUCUACUUUUUCCAAGCUUAGUGUGGUGUUUUCUUCGGAAAAUUUAUGUUAUUGACUCAAUGAUAAGGUAUAAUUCAAAUGUGUGAAUGCAUCUAAAAUUGCAUUUACAUCAAUAAAUUACACUUUACUUGUUUUGAAAA